AUGACCGAUGUGCUCACGGAUGGCCGGCAGGGCUUGUCCUUGCAAGAUUAUGUGCCGGCAUACUCGAGAGCGGUCAAAUCGUACGAGACACUGAUCGAAGAAAUCCGGGCCAGGUUGGAUAGCUCCCAUCAGGCCGCGCUGGAUUUGAGCCUCCAAGAUAUCCGCAGGCUUGUGCCAAAGAAGCCGGCAGAGAAUGAGCAGGUUUCUGACGGUGCAGAUGCUAUCACACGCGCGGAACUUGCAACGGCUUCCUCACCGACAUAUGUAGGCAAGGCAAGCGACAUUCAUUUUAUUCAAAGCAUACGUCAAUGUGUUCAUGGGACUGGGGCAGAAGAAGAGGUGCCUGCUCAGAAUUAUAUCCAGACCUACAUCUCGGAGAGUUUGAGCGCUUUGACACAUCCGUUGUUAUUCCCGUCGCAGACGGAGGCGGAUCAGUACCUUGAUGUGUACUUAUCGACGAUACAUAUUGCGUAUCCUUUUAUAUCUAAGCCAAUCUUGAUGGAAUCGUUUCAACGGUUCCAGAAUGGAGAAGUACAUGAGCCAGAAUUUCGCCCAUGGCUCGCAAUUUUUAGUAAGGCCCAGAGUCUUCGUUUCAACAUCCUCCCGCGGCACCUUCCUCUCAUAUGUGUCUCUUGA